AAGGACACGCGCCUCGUGAUGAUCAUGAUCAUCUUGCAAAAGUGAGCAGGCUUGUUGCAUUGGUUUUGCUGUUGUCUUUCUUCCCGGUGUCUCCUACAGCUCCAGGGACUAGCGGGGAUAUUUUUAGUCGGAUCUCCGCCCUCCUCCCUCUCAGACAUUCUCCCUCAAGGACUCGAACUCUCAUUUUACCGAAGGUAGACGCCAAACUGACGUCAGAGCACCCGUAACGUGACGUGCGUACACCCCCCAUCGCGACCACACACACACACACAUACACAAGGCACACACCAGCCCUCCCCAUCACUAGUAUUUCCUCUCCUCUCUUCCAGUUUCUCGUCCCCUCCAUCCCAACCAGCUGUUUUCUUCAGGAACCAUCAGAAAACAAGGAGCCUUCUUUGUCAUUUACCAAACAUUUACACCUCGGAGUUGCGGCUGCUUUCCCGGGAGCACUCAAGCUGUUUGUACAGAUAUUUAUAUUGUUUUCUCAUCGGCUUGAAUUUCCUCUGAGAUGGAAAUGAGAUGUCGUCCAGCGAUGAUGUGUUGUGUUUUCGCCGUCCUCUUCUCCGUGGUUUCCCGGUCGCUGGAGUCCUCUUACGUGGACAGGCAGUACCUGAACGAGUGGGCAGUGGAGAUCCCCGGCGGACUGGCCGCUGCGGAGGCGAUCGCCAAAGAGCUGGACUACAAACUGGUCCGACAGAUCGGGGCCCUGGAAGACCAUUUCUUGUUCAAACACCGCAAUCAUCCCAGCAGAAUGAAACGAAGUGCCAACCACAUCACCAGGCGGCUGUCGGAGGAUGAUCGGGUGCUAUGGGCAGAGCAGCAGUACGAGAAAAGCCGCAAUAAGCGGGCGUCCCUCGGAGGGUGCAGGGACUGCCCAGUGGAUAAGCUGUUUGAUGAUCCCAUGUGGAACCAGCAGUGGUACCUGCAAGACACAAGGACGUCUCCCUCGCUGCCGAAGCUCGACCUGCACGUGAUCCCCGUGUGGCAGAAAGGCAUCACGGGGAAAGGAGUGGUCAUCACCGUUCUGGAUGACGGGCUGGAGUGGAACCACACGGACAUCUACUCCAACUACGAUGCAGCAGCCAGCUAUGACUUCAACGACAACGACCCCGACCCUUUCCCCAGAUACGACUCCACUAAUGAAAACAAACAUGGGACCAGGUGCGCUGGAGAGAUCGCCAUGCAGGCCGACAACAAUAAAUGUGGUGUCGGAGUGGCAUACAACUCCAAGGUUGGAGGGAUCCGUAUGCUGGAUGGGAUCGUGACUGACGCCAUCGAGGCCAGCUCUAUCGGGUUCAAUCCAAACCAUGUGGACAUCUACAGUGCCAGCUGGGGACCCAACGAUGAUGGAAAGACAGUGGAAGGCCCCGGACGCCUGGCCCAGAAGGCUUUCGAAUACGGUAUCCAGAAGGGCCGAGGCGGGAAAGGCUCUAUCUUUGUCUGGGCAUCGGGUAAUGGCGGGCGCCAGGGCGAUAACUGCGACUGCGACGGCUACACGGACAGCAUCUACACCAUCUCAAUCAGCAGUGCCUCACAGCAGGGCCUGUCCCCGUGGUACGCGGAGAAGUGCUCCUCCACCCUGGCUACGGCGUACAGCAGCGGAGACUACACCGACCAGAGGAUCACGAGUGCCGAUCUGCACAACGAAUGCACUCAGACUCACACGGGAACGUCGGCCUCCGCCCCCCUGGCUGCUGGGAUAUUUGCCCUCGCACUGGAACAAAACCCAGAUCUCACCUGGAGAGACCUGCAGCACAUUGUGGUGUGGACCUCAGAGUUCGACCCCUUGGCCAAUAACCCGGGCUGGAAGAGGAACGGAGCUGGGCUGAUGGUCAACAGCCGCUUCGGCUUCGGCCUUCUCAACGCCAAAGCCCUGGUGGACCUGGCUGACCCGGCCACGUGGAAGCACGUGCCAGAAAAGAAGCAGUGCAUCGUCAGGGACGAUUCCUUCCAGCCCAGGGACCUGAAAGCAGCCGGGGCAAUCACGAUAGAGAUUCCAACGAAAGCCUGCGUAGGGCAGGGGAACGCAGUGGUCUCCUUGGAGCACGUGCAGGUGGAGGCCAGCAUCGAGUACAGCAGGAGAGGGGACCUGCACAUAACGCUCACCUCCCCAGCCGGCACCAGCACAGUGCUGCUGGCUGAGCGAGAGAGGGACACGUCCGCCAACGGUUUCAAAAACUGGGACUUUAUGUCUGUCCAUACAUGGGGCGAAGAUCCUGCUGGUACAUGGACCAUACAGAUCACAGAUACUUCGGGCCGCAUGCAGAACGAGGGUCGGAUUUUGAGCUGGAAGCUGAUUCUUCAUGGAACAUCAGAGAAGCCAGAGCACAUGAAGAAGCCGCGAGUGUACAUUCCCUACAACGCUGUGCAGAAUGACCGCCGUGGUGUGGAACACAUGGAUGACAUGAUGGAGGAGCCCACACAGGCCAAUUCACCUCCAAAUACUGAGCCUGCACAUGCCUCCCCUCCUUCCAACCCAGGGAAAGAAUCCAAAAAGCCCUUAAACGCACCCGCCUCCCCCUCCCUGGCCCUUCUGCGCCUCCUUCAGACGGCCUUCAACAGGCAGACCCCCGGCCUCCCUCAGCCAAAGUCCGCAGCCAGGGCCUCCUCCGCCUGGAGGAAGCUGCAGCCGGACCGGAGCAUCUCCCCGCCUGCCACAAGACUCCCUCCUCAGAUGUUAUACCAGGCUCUGGACAUGAUCAACAAGUACCAAGGUCCCGAGGACAGUGUCUACAGUGACUACAGUGAUGGCUUCUACAGCAUCAAGCCGUACAGGCACAGAGACGACCGACUACUGCAGGCCCUGUUUGAGAUGAUAGAUGGUGACCACAAGUGACGGAGAGGAGAGAUAAGAUAUAAGACCAGGGGGAAGCGCGGUAAUGUGUUGGCCGGGGAGCCGAGGAGAAGGCAAAGAGAGGAGAGAAGCAGAAGGUAUCUGGCGGGUGGAGGAGAAUACGGGAAAACAAACUCUUUCACUCAGUUCCACUCCCCCCCCCCUUCCCAAAAAAUGCUGCAUAUAAGAUCUCUUAACCUUCAUUUGCCAAUCACCGUUAAUUCAAAUUAAUUUCCAAUCCACGCGUCCUUCGAAACACAGACUUGUUCAGGGCCUCUCUGCUACAAACUGUAUCUCCAUGUAGUGACAGUGAAAGCAUUUCAUCGUAGGAAAGGAAGGCGAAGCAUCAUGCUCUUCUCCUCACUGCCUGCUCAAGCAUGCUACCUUUAGAAUAGAAGUUUUGUAUUACUAUCUAUAUAUUAUCUAUAUAUUAUACAAGACUAUGAUUGUAAUAUGGUUUUGAAAACAAUUGACAUCUAAAGAUUUCACUUCAAAAAACGUUUAGUUUCUAUUUCUAUUUAUUUCUAUUGGCAAUGUGUUUAAUGCUAUUAUGGGGAACUUUUCACUUCAACCACUUUGACGACAACACUGACACAAAGUCAUUAAAUGAGAGUCAGCAUAAAUUCAAAAUGAAACAAAAUUUUGAUCAAUAAGCAAAUUGAAAGGUUGAAACUGUGUUAAUUCUCAGGGUGUCAACAAAGCUCAAGAGAGUAGGAGAGUCAUAUUCUGGAAGUAUUAAGAUACAUAUUUAGUGUGAACAAUUAUAGACUAUUGAAGUAUGCAGAUGAGACAUAUAUAGUUGAUAUGGUAUAGAAUCAAACCUUAUUUAAAAAGAAAAAACACCAUUGUAAUAAUUCAGACAGUUGGAGUAGCUAUACAUUCAAAGUGAGAAAAAAGAAUCUUCUUGUGCUAUUUGUUUAAUUUUGUAUGAGUACAAUGCUGCAUUAAAUGAAAUAUUUUUCUAAGAUCCUCAUAGUUUAUGAAAAUAAUAUAUACAGUAUCAAACCCUUGAACACUUUAUUUUCCUGUGGCAUGGUUUCCUCAAUAAGUGCAUCACACUACAUAUACGUGUAGUUAUCAUAAGUAAAAAAGAACACUGCCAAAAUCUUUGCUGUGAAAAAGUUUCUGUGUGUUUCAGUGAACAUACAAAUGGCUAACAUGUUGCUUGUUCAUCAUCUGCAAUAUGCCAACUACAAAACAGUUCCUUAUACUCUGGAAGAAUCAUUGCUUUAAUUUUCCUUCUCUGGUAUAAUAUAUUUGAUAUCAUUAGAUCAUGUACUCUGUAGAAUAGGGGCUCUGCACCACAACCUUCAAGCACAUUCAUUUUGAACGCCUUAAAACAUGCUGUAAUAAAUUUGCGUACUCAUCUCCUCAUGGUAUAGAUAUAUUUACAGAUGCUAAUGUAAGUGUUUAUGACAUGAAUAGUUAUGAAUCUUCUAUGCAGAGUCUCUAUCCUCCAGCUUGGAACUGCCUGCCCCCGCUUUUCUGCUAACAAGGUGACAUGAAAUAGAAGAUAUUUGGGAAGCUUCACCCUGUAAUUUAUCCAUUUUUUCGUGUAGCCUGUGCUGUUUUCUUCAUGUUUUUGUUUUUGACUGAUGCUUCGGUCCAAAGUUGUUUACACAAACCAAUAUUAUAUUUCAAUUUCUGUAUGCAUAUUCAAAAAAAUAAUGAGAUUUAUCUUAAUAAACUGCAAAGUGAC